UCGCCAGCCGGUCUCUGUGAGUACGUGAGCGCUGCCCGCUGCGCUGGGAACACGCUUCCUACGCCCAAACAAAUCUCUGCCGUCAUGGAUUUCGACGAGUAUCGCAAAAGAGGCAAGGAGAUGGUGGACUACAUAGCGGACUACCUGGAGCACAUCCGCGAGCGGCGCGUCUACCCGGCCGUGCAGCCCGGUUACCUGCGGGAGUUGGUUCCGGAGCACGCGCCGCAGGAGCCCCAGCCUUGGGAGGACAUCAUGGCCGACGUGGAGCGCGUCGUCAUGCCGGGGAUGACGCACUGGCAGAGCCCGCACAUGCACGCCUACUUCCCGGCGCUCAACUCGUUCCCGUCGCUGCUGGGAGACAUGCUCGCAGACGCCAUCAACUGCAUCGGUUUCACUUGGGCGUCAAGCCCCGCGUGCACGGAGCUGGAGACGGUGGUGAUGAACUGGCUGGGCGAGAUGCUGGGACUGCCCGACGACUUCCUUCACACGCGCCCAGACAGCAAGGGUGGCGGCGUCAUACAGACGACGGCGAGUGAGGCGACGCUGGUGAGCCUGCUGGCGGGUCGCACCGAAGCCAUCCAAAGGGCGCAGCGCCGCUGCCCAGACCUGGAGGACGCAGAGGUCAACGCCCGCCUCGUCGCCUACUGCUCCGACCAGGCACAUUCGUCUGUGGAGAAGGCGGGGCUCAUCGGUCUGGUCCAGAUGCGCUUCGUGCCGAGCGACAGCGAACUCAGCCUGCGCGGGGACCGCCUGCGCGAAGCCGUGCGCCGCGACCGCGCCAAGGGACUCAUUCCCUUCUACGUAUGUGCCACGCUCGGGACAACAGGAGCCUGUGCAUUUGACAACUUGGAGGAGCUAGGUCCCGUGUGCGAGGAGGAAGAACUGUGGCUGCAUGUGGAUGCGGCGUAUGCGGGCGCCGCCUUCGUCUGCCCGGAGUUCCGGGGCUGGCUGGCCGGCGUGCAGUACGCACAUUCCUUCGCCUUCAAUCCUUCCAAGUGGCUCAUGGUCCACUUCGAUUGCACCGCCAUGUGGGUGAAAGACGCUGGCGCCCUCCACCGCACUUUCAAUGUGGAUCCGCUCUACCUGCAACACGAAAAUUCCGGUCUGGCAAUUGAUUACAUGCACUGGCAAAUUCCUUUAAGUAAGAGAUUUCGAGCCCUGAAGCUGUGGUUCGUAAUCAGGAGUUACGGAGUGAAAGGUCUUCAGCGUCACAUUAGAGAGGGAGUGCGGCUGGCGCAGCAGCUGGAGGCGAUGGUGGCGGCGGACCCGCGCUUCGAGGUGGCGGCCAAGCGCCACCUGGGGCUGGUCGUGCUGCGCCUGCGCGGGGACAACGCGCUCACCGAGCGCCUGCUGAAGCGGCUGAACGCGCGCGGCCGCGUGCACUGCGUGCCCGCCGCGCUCAACGGCCGCUACGUCAUCCGCUUCACCGUGACGUCGGCGCGCACCACCCCAGACGACAUCGCGCGCGACUGGGCCGAGAUCCGCGCCACCGCCGACACCGUGCUGCAGCCCGAUCGGCCGCGCGCCAAGGUGCCGCUCGCAGAGACGCGUGCACGCAACGAGCUGUUCGGUUCCAGCCUGCUCCUCGCCAACUCGCCAAUGUCGCCCAAGAUUGUCAACGGAAGCUUCGCUGCCAUCUUCGACAACGGCGACCAGGAGCUGUCUCAGCUGCGGCUCCAGGUGAAGGACAGCCCAGCUGUGCGGCGGCGCAUCCGGGGCAUGAUGGUGUCGGGCAAGCAGCUGUCGCUGGACUCGAGCCUCGACAUGGCGCACUCGCUGGCGGGCCGCGGCGGCAUGCGGCCGCACUCUGAGCCCUCUGCCGGAGACCACCUGCCAGAGGAGGACGAUUCAGAUGAAGUGAAUGAUAUGCCCAAAUUAUGUGCAAAGUGUGGGCAUAUAAUCAAGGAAUGAUGAUGAUAUUCUGUGAUGGAACAUCUCAGCCUAGAUUAAAUACAUAAAAUUUCAUAAGUCUAUUUCAAUAAUGAAUAAAAGUAUAUCACUUUUGUAUCAUGCAUACAGCCUUUAUGAAGCUUUCUUUCUUGUGAGAUAUUUACUGAAACUACUAUGUUAGAGCUAAGUGAAGUAUUCGACUUGUAUAUUAUCAGGAGGGAAUGCCUAUUGAUUUUCUUCAUGCAUAAGGCUUGUAAGGACUGGUAAACAGGUUUUUGUGACUUCCAAUUAGUAACAUAUUCAUCAGCAAGUUUUUCCAAUGUCUGUAACCAGUAUGUGUCUGUAACAUCUUAACAUUUAAUUUAACAUCAUAUUUUUAAGUGCUUAUAUAGUCAGGUAAUGCAUAAAUAAGUGCACUAAUAUUGGGCCUAGAAUUCAGGUUAACAAUGU